AUGGCACCUGCGUCUUUCCAGGUGAUUUCAGACCUCCACCUGGAGGGGAGCCCAUCGUACGACUUCGACAUCAAGCAGACAGCAGCUAACAUCGACCUGCUCGGUGACAUUGGCCAAGUCGCUGAUGUUGGACUGUUCAUAUUCCUCGGGAGGCUAGUCGGCAAACCAGAGUUCAUGCUUUCGCGAAGAAGAUGGAAGAUCUAA